GCACAUAGCGAACGUAGCAUAUUUUUGACAUUACAUUAGAAGUAGACAUAUCCAUAACCACAAAUUUAUUUGCUUAUAUGCCGUUACUCAGCGUUUCCUCUGUACUCAUUGUAUGAAACCAAGAUUAUUUUUUCAGUAGAAUACUGAAUCUGAACAAAUAUCAACUGAAAUUCAUUGAAAAUUAAUCAAAAAGAUGGCAGAAGUCUCAGUACCAAAACCUAAAACUGAUGCUAAAGCACCUGAGGAUGAAAAAAAUGAAUUGUCCGAGGAAGAUAAACUUCUUCAAGAUGAGUUGAAUAUGUGUGUUGAGAGACUCGAAGAAAAAGAUGAAAAUUUAUACCUUCAAGCUCUGCAAUCUCUUGCAAAUCAUAUACGUAUGUCUACAACAUCUAUGACAUCCGUACCAAAACCUUUGAAGUUCAUGAAACCCCAUUAUGGUACAAUGAAAAAGGUACAUGAAAAGAUUGCGAAUAAUGAAGUUAAAAAAGUAUGUGCCGAUGUAAUAUCAGUUCUGGCAAUGACAAUGGGUGAAGGUAGAGAAUGUUUGAAAUAUCGUUUACUAGCAGACCUGAAUAGUAUUGGUGAGUGGGGUCAUGAAUAUGUAAGACAUUUAGCUGGAGAAAUAGCGGCUGAAUGGCCAGAGAUAGAUUCAGAGGAAAAAGUCAAUAAUGUCAUUUUAUUAGUAAGACAAAUUGUUCCAUAUAACCUUGCUCACAAUGCUGAAGCCGAGGCUUGUGAUCUUCUCAUGGAAAUUGACAAAUUAGAAUUGUUGGAAGAGUUUGCAGAUGAGAACACUUAUCAAAGAAUUGUUUUAUAUCUAACAAGUUGUGCUCCUUAUGUUGCUGAGCAGGAUGUUCAAGUAUUGCUUCGUGUGGCAUUGGCCUUGUGCCGUGAAUUUGAUCAAUAUGCUCAGGCACUCAGAAUUGCAAUGCAAAUGAAUGAACUAGUUCAUAUUGAUGACAUUUUCUGCUCAUGUCCAGAUAUUGCCAUUCAGAAGCAAUUAGCAUUUAUGCUUGCAAGACAACAAAUAUUUCUUGAAAUAACAGAUGUCUUACCAGAACAUGAAGAUCUUGUUGACAUUAUGUCAAAUUGCCAUCUGAGUAAUCACUUUCUAAAUUUAGCUCGAGAAUUAGAUAUUAUGGAACCAAAAACACCUGAAGAUGUGUAUAAAUCUCAUUUAGAGAAUACAAGGCCACAGUUUGGUGGCAGUCAAGUAGAUUCUGCUCGCCAAAACUUGGCAUCAAGUUUUGUGAAUGGUUUUGUAAAUGCUGCCUUUGGUCAAGACAAACUUCUAAUGGAAGAUGGAAAUAAAUGGCUUUAUAAGAAUAAGGAACAUGGAAUGUUGAGCGCAACAGCUUCCCUGGGUUUAGUUCUUCUUUGGGAUGUUGAUGGAGGUUUAACACCAAUUGAUAAAUAUUUGUAUUCUUCAGAGGACUAUAUUAAGUCAGGAGCCCUAUUAGCAUGUGGUAUAGUCAACUGCGGAGUGAGAAAUGAAUGUGAUCCAGCUUUAGCAUUGUUAUCCGAUUAUGUUCUUCACAGCUCUAAUAUAAUGAGAAUUGGAGCAGUUGUAGGCCUUGGAUUGGCUUAUGUUGGCUCUAAUAGGGAGGCUGUACUCAGUCUUCUAAUUCCUGUAUUGAGUGACUCCAAAUCUAGCAUGGAAGUAAUUGGUAUGGCUGCCUUAGCUUGUGGAAUGAUUUCUGUUGGAUCAGCAAAUCACCAAGUAACAAGUGCCAUAAUACAAACAUUGAUGGAAAAAUCUGAAGCUGAGCUCAAAGAUACUUAUGCGAGGUUCCUACCCUUAGGUCUAGGUUUAUGCAUGUUAGGAAAGCAAGAAGGGGCAGAUGCAAUUCUUGCAGCUCUAGAAGUCAUACCUGAACCAUUCAAGUCAAUGUCUACUACCAUGGUUGAUAUUUGUGCUUAUGCUGGUACAGGAAAUGUUCUAAAAGUUCAACAACUAUUGCAUAUAUGUUCUGAACAUUAUGAAUCUUCUGACAAAGAUGAAACAACCAGCAAAAAAGAUAAAGACAAGAACAAAGAAAAGGAGGAUAAAGACAAGGAUUUAUCAUCAAAACAAGCCAUUGCAGUACUUGGUAUUGCACUCAUUAGUAUGGGAGAAGAGAUAGGAAGUGAAAUGGCAUACAGAACGUUUGGACAUCUGCUGAGAUACUGCGAACCUGUCAUUCGUAGAGCAGUUCCAUUAGCUCUUGGUUUGAUCUCAGUGUCAAAUCCAAAAUUGAAUAUUUUGGAUACACUCAGUAAAUUCUCGCAUGACAGUGAUGCAGAAGUUGCGCAUAAUGCCAUAUUUGCAAUGGGAUUGGUCGGUGCAGGUACAAACAAUGCCAGAUUAGCAGCUAUGCUCAGACAGCUUGCCCAGUACCAUGCUAAAGAUCCCAAUAAUUUGUUUAUGGUUAGGAUUGCUCAAGGUCUCACUCAUCUGGGCAAAGGAACUCUAACACUGAGUCCUUAUCACAGUGACAGGCAAUUGAUGAGCCCAGUUGCAGUUGCAGGACUUCUUGCUACUCUUAUAGGUUUCUUGGACGUCAAAAAUAUCAUUCUUGGCAAAUCCCAUUAUUUACUGUAUACGUUAGCAGCUGCAAUGCAACCUAGAAUGCUCGUGACAUUCGACGAAGAACUGAACGCACUUCCUGUCCCUGUAAGGGUUGGUGUUGCAGUCGAUGUUGUUGGUCAAGCUGGUAAACCUAAGACUAUCACUGGUUUCCAAACGCAUACUACUCCAGUUCUUCUGGCUCAUGGUGAAAGAGCAGAAAUAGCCACAGAAGAAUACAUUGCACUUACACCCAUAAUGGAAGGAUUUGUCAUUCUCAGAAAGAACCCUAAUUAUAAUCCCUAAGCUAGUUUUUAUAGUGUGCUUUAUAUAAAAAUCGCUAAGUUAUACAUAAUUCAUUUAUAUAACAUAGAAUGGAAAUUAUUUGAAUUUAAGAAAUAAAGAAUGAGAAGUACUGUUUCAUAAAAA